GCAGGGGUCUGGGGGUAUGCGUGAGCGAGGAGCGCGCACUGUGGGUUUUGUAACUGGCUAUUUUUAAUGAAAUGAGCUGUAAGCUCUGACUUUUCUGGGAUCUGUGGAGAUGGCCUUGUGCCACAUGAAAACUUAAAUUAUUAAGGAUCCCAGUAUCUCAUGAUUCCUUUGUGCUCUGUUUACCUGAUUAGGCAGCAUGUGCAUGCUUUUUUGCUUUUAAGCUGUGUUCUUUCCUGUAGCACUAUGCAGUAAAUGAGCAGGUUGCUAGAGAAGUGAGGGGUCUGGCACUAAUGAAGAGCACAUGGGAGGCCAGCAGAGUUGCCGGUGUCACAGCCACGCGCGCCUCAGAAACGGGAAACCCGUGUGCCGGGCGUAAGAGCAGGCUGGCGUGUUGCCCCCUGAACACCCCCUUCCAGCAGAUGGGUGCAGAGUCCCAUGAAACAAAGCAGAAAGACUGUUUGUUUCCACAAAGGUGGCAACAUCCCGUCUCUCUUUGGGGGCACUGCAAGGGCUGUAGCAGGAACACACAGGAGGGAGCUGCUGGGAAGGUAGAUGGUGGCCUUGGUCUGGGGCUUGUGGCAUUUAAAGUGCGACCUGGGCUCCCUGGGAAGAUGGUGAGACAGCGUGGGCUUGGGGGGCAAAAAUACUUCAGGAAUGGGAGGACAAAGUGUACAAGUGACGAUUGAAUUGGUAUGAAUGAAGGGGAUGUCCUUAAAGCAAUAAAUAGGUUGAAAUAAAACAAUUGAGGGUAAAUUCCUAGAGGACACCCACUGAAAGAAGUGGGAGGGAGGGGGGCUUGCCAGCUACUACUCACUAAACUGAGAAUCUGAGGAAGGAGGUAGAGAAAUGUCUAGGAUCAAAGGCAGAAGUGAUAUAGAGGGUGCUGAAGAUGAUGUAAUGGCCCUAAAAUUAACCAAGAAGAGAUCAUUAAGUACUUAGAAACCUAUAGAUACUGGUACCACUAAUAUCCGCUACCACUGAGUUGGAGGGACUCCAGCUUCGUUGGCAUCCCAGAGAAGAAAUAUCAGUAUAGCUUUGGGCAGAACUUAGCAAAAAGUCCCUAUUAAAUCUACAGUGAGUAUGAAAAAAAGAAAACGGCCUCCGUUUUUGAGAGCCCUUUCAAGUACCCCGAUGUCAGUUAAUGAUUUUAUAGCUGCUCAGUGACUUAACAGUACAGUGCCAAGGUAGCUCAGAGAAUUUGAAGCACGUGUGGCAAGAAAAGCUUGGUUUUCUGUGCAUUCGUGAUCCUGGAUGUGGCAUAAGCUCUUGAUAUACAGGCAAAGGCACGAGUUGACCAUGUUCUUUUUUCCUCCCUUUAAGUAGCAGAGACUGCAAUCUGUGACAUUUGCUCAGGAGGUGUAUGACCUUUCUUCCUGCCGUUUCCUUCAUGUGAUUUCUAAAUAGCAUGUUAUAUUUUGUGAGCUAAGUCUUUCCCAACUUCUAUAUCCACUUCUGUGCAAGAAUGCAAUGAACCUGUUAGGUCAUAAUUUCAGUUUAUUUCAAUUCUGAUAGGUUUGACCUUGGGUUAGCGUAAGCUCGUGUACAUCUGUUCGUUUCUGUGGCGUUUCAGUGUUCAGCCUCUGGACUACUGGCAAUAAGCAACUUGCCUAUUGGUAAUUCUAAUAAGACCCAUGCCCUAAAAAGGUGCAUCAAAAACAGUGACUAUAGACAGGGUAGGAAGAAGGUAAUCACAUUAAGACUGUGUUUGCUGAAGCAAAUCUGAAACCUUGAAUAGUAAAAGCAAGCAAAAAACACUUACUUUCUAGUUAUCUUAAUUUUGAUCGCUUUUAGGGUUUUUUUUAAAUGCAUGCAGCCCUUCAUUAUGCCAGAUUGCGAUGUGCUAUAGUUUUAAAUAGCUGGCUGUAGUAUAAACGAGCUGACAAGAUUGCUAGUGCAUUUAAGGUAUACCUUACUAAGUCUUCCCAUCAAAUAUACGAUGGGUGUCUGUUUGAGAGAAAGGUGCUAGCUUCUGGAAGAGUCUGCGUUUCCUAGGCACCGUCCCCGGCGAUGCUCUUCCAGAAAUGUUAGCGUGCUCAUGGCUGAAUUAGCAUGUAGUCACCAGAGCUUGUCAGGUAUUAAAGAGGGUCCUCCCUGGAAGAAGCUGUGGCAUUGAGGGUGGGGACGCUCAGCCCUGCCACGACGACGUAGCAGAUCUCCUCCUCUCAGAAACCCAGACGACUUCUGCUUCAAGGGGAAGCAAUACGUUUUUUUCAGGGGCGAGAAAUUGUUUCUCAGACUGUUGUCCAAACCACAUUUACUCUCAAGUCACAGGAUCAGUAACAAUUCUAUGCAGCAAUAAAAGCACUUCUUUUUCUUUCCUUUUAGGAUUCAGGGUUAAGAUUCCACUAUGUGGCUGCCGGAGAAAGGGGUAAACCACUCAUGCUGCUGCUUCAUGGCUUUCCAGAGUUCUGGUAUUCUUGGCGCCAUCAAUUGCGGGAAUUUAAAAGCGAGUAUCGAGUGGUGGCUCUGGAUUUGAGAGGCUAUGGAGAAACGGAUGCUCCUUCUCACAAAGAAAAUUACAAGUUAGAUUGCCUGAUAACAGAUAUAAAGGACAUCUUGGAAUCUCUAGGAUACAACAAGUGUGUGUUGAUUGGCCAUGACUGGGGAGGAAUGAUCGCUUGGUUAGCGGCUAUCUGUUACCCAGAAAUGGUGACUAAAUUGAUUGUGGUUAACUUCCCUCAUCCUUCUGUGUUUACUGAAUACAUUCUACGACAUCCAUCACAAUUGAUUAAAUCUGGUUACUACUUCUUUUUCCAAAUGCCAUGGUUUCCUGAAUUCAUGUUUACAGUAAAUGAUUUCAAGGUUCUGAAAAAUUUAUUUACCAGCCAGGCCACUGGAAUUGGAAGGAAAGGCUGCAGACUAACAGCAGAGGAUAUUGAAGCUUAUCUCUAUGUCUUUUCACAACCUGGAGCGUUAACUGGACCCAUUAACCAUUACAGAAAUAUUUUCAGUUGCCUACCUCUGCAGCACCAUGAAGUCAUCAUGCCAACCCUGCUGUUAUGGGGAGAAAGAGAUGCAUUUAUGGAAGUUGAGAUGGCAGAAAUUACACGGAUUUAUGUUAAAAAUCACUUCAGAUUAACUAUUUUGUCUGAAGCCAGUCAUUGGCUCCAGCAGGAUCAGCCUGACAUAGUGAACAAGUUGAUAUGGACCUUUCUAAAGGAAGAGACAACAAGAAAAAGAGAAUGACUGUUUGUACGUGCUUUAAGGGGUCUACAUAGAUGCUCUUCAGAUUUAAAAACUAGUUGUUAUCAGGGCCAUAUUUCCAGCCUGCCUUCUAUUUUGAGCUCUGUUAGAGAAAAGUGUUUUCAAUGUACUGUACAUUUGGACACCAAUGUUACUGCUAAAAGAAGUAGUAUGAGAAUAUAUGACACCAACAUUGGUUUUACCUGUAUACUUGUAUUUUGCACAUAAAACACCUGCCUUAAGAUAUAUGCAUUUGUACAGAAAAGAAGUCAUGGAAAGUUGCUUGGUUUUGUUUUUUCACUUGCUUUACAGUUUUCAUGUGUGGUGCCUUUUACAAAUUUAUAAUCAGACAAUGAAGUGGUGCCAUACAGAAAGGAAGUUAGGAGUUUUCAUUCUAGAUUCACCUGAAUUUUUUUUUUACUGUAUUUUACCAUUAAAACACUAACACUUUUUAUUAUCUAUAUUUUAGCACACUGAAUGACUGAAAAAUUUUGGGGCACAUUUCUAGUCUUCAAGUGAAUAAUGAUACAUAUCUUGUUGUACUGUUGAAUGCAGCUGCUUUGUGCAAUGUGUUUUUCUUGAACAAGAAGAAUAGAAAAUUAAGAUCUAUACUCAUGUAUCAAAUCCACCUCUGUCUAAUAAAAUGCAACUUAAAUUAUGCCCUUUAUCCGACUUCCUAUGGAGAGAUUUCUUAGAGGCUAAGGCUGAGGUCUGAAAAACUGAAGUGUCUGUCCACUGUAUAGCCUUCCUAAUGUUGUGAUUGUUGCAGUUGCUUGGAAAUAAAGCCCCAUUGUUGGCAUUAUC